CAUGAUUCGAAAAAUCAAGGAUGCUGUUGGGCUCUGGCACACAGAACCUGCUCAGGUUUUCGAGUAUUAUUUUUCUGGAUGUUAUUUACAGCUAUCCUAAUCCCACAAGAAACACCGGUCCUGGAUGUUGUUUCUCGGUCAGUUUCGGUGGAACAAAAUGAGAGCCUUCUUCGACCCUUCGAUAAAGAGGAGGUACUUUCUGCCCUGCGACUAAUGGAUUCCAAGAAGGCACCAGGAGAGGACGGCUUGUAAGUCAUGUUUUACAAAAAGCACUGGGAAAUCAUUAGUGAGGAGGUGAUAUCUGUUGUGUUGGGAAUCCUCGAAGGAGGCCCCAUUUCUCCGGGUCUCAACCACACUCUCAUUGCUCUCAUCCCAAAACUGAAGAGGCCAACGACUCCUCAAGAUUUUUGUCCCAUCAUUGUAUGCAAUGUUUUGUAUAAAUUGGUGGCGAAGGUAUUGGUUAAUAUACUAAAGACUGUGUUGGAUCUUGUUAUAGCGGAGGAGCAUAGUGCUUUCGUGCCAGGCAGAUUCAUUAUGGAUAAUAUUAUGUCGUCUUUUGAGUGCUUCCACUCAGUGAAGAAGAAGUCAAAGACGAGUGUGUUAGUUUUUGAAAUCAAGAUCAACAUGGUAAAAGCUUAUGAUAGGGUCAAAUGACACUUUUUGGAAGCAGUUAUGAUUCGCAUGGGUUUGGCCAUAGAUGGAUGGUGCUGAUAAUGAAGUGUGUUAGGACGGUCACGUAUUCUAUCCUUGUGAACGGUCAUUAGUUCGAGAUUUUUCAUCGGACCGUGGCCUUCGCCAAGGCGAUCCUAUGUCGUCGUAUAUGUUUCUAUUUUUCGCUGAGGGCUUAUCAGCGACCACAAAGAAAGCGGUCCAGGAAAAACGUUUGCAUGGUCUGCAGCGAGCCAGGGAAGCUCUCUCGAUCUCUCAUCUUUUCUUUACAGACGAUUGUGUGUUUUUUGGUAGGACCAAAUAGCAGGAGAGUAGAACGCUAAAGGACAUCUUGCACGGCUAUGAGGCUGAAUCAGGACAAGUUGUGAGCUUCCCGAAGUCGGUAGUAGCCUUUAGUGGCUAUGUCAAACCGCAUCAACGACUCAUGGUUAGCGGAACUCUGGGUUGAAUAUUGUAGAAAAACAUGAAAAGUAUUUGGGAUUUCCGACUGUGGUGGGGCGCUCGAAGAAGGAGAUUUUCACAGGAGUCAAGGACUGGAUCAGAAAGAAGCUAAAAGGCUGAUAAUGAACUUCAUAGGAUGAUAAUGAACUUCUACUGGGGGCAGAAGGGCUUUAAACAACGUGUUCAUUGGAUCAGUCGAGAGGCUAUGAUGGUACCAAAGGAGGAAGGUAGCUUGGGAUUCAGGGAUCUCGAGGGCUUUAAUACACCAAUGCUAGCUAAGCAGCUAUGGCUUCUGCACCAGCGAUCGAAUUCCCUUGUUGGCCGAAAUGUUUUUGAAAUACGACUUCCUACAUGCUCAUGUUGGAUAUCGACCAAGUUUUGUUUGGAGGCGUGGUGUAUUGUACUCUGGUUCCUGUGGAAGGAACGCAAUUGCCACCUCUUUAAUGUGCAAAAGCUGGCUGAACAAGACAUCAUCCCUCGUGCGGAGCAUUUUCUUGCAGACUACAAGACAGUUCGAGUAGCCGUUGAGAUGAGUUUGUCGCAUGAUGGUAGCUGGAGACCCCCGCCGCCGGGCCAUGUGAAGAUAAAUGGUAGCAGCAAAGAGAGUUCUGGGGAGUAUGUCAGUUGAGGCGGCAGAAUUGAUGGCAACCGAGUUUGGGGUUCAACUCUCUCAUCAACAUCAUUUGAACAAUAUUGUUUUAGAAGAAGAUAGCCUUGCGAUGGUGAACAAUAUGGAUGCGGUUGCGUUGAUCUAGUCGGAGUCCGGAGUCAUAUGUAGGAACAUCCGCAAGUUGAUGGGAAGGAAGGGGGAGACGAGUUGGUGACAUGUUAGACGCAAUGGUAAUGCAGCUGCCCAUAUCAUGGUUCACUCGAAUACCAUUGUCGAUGUUCGCUCAGUUUGGCUUAAUAUGCCAACGGUGUUUUUGAUUGAUCAAUUCGCAUUGGACAAUGUAACCACAAAUAUUGAUCAAUAAGAAGCUCAUACAGAUUCCGGGAAAAAAAAGAGUGUCAUUCCUACAUAUGAUGGCUAAGAAGAUCCUUGUUUGUCUCCAACUUUUAUAAUAGGUUUGGAUUUUUACGACUAGCUUUGAUAUGAAAUUUGAUGUUGUAUCGUUAUUAUCUUGAUAAAUAAGUAAUGCAAUU